AUCCACCCCCGAGCGGUUUAAAAGGGGGUGAGGGACUUGAGUGAAGUGAGAACUAUGAACAGAUGGCAAAGCAGCGGGACUUUGGUACUCCCUAAACACACUCACUGACGGGAGACAUGCGCUUGCAAUCUGCCAUGUCUGUCGGACCAACUCGAGUCAUGACGUCAGGCGCUGCUCUUGCGAUAGCCCUAUUGGUUGUCUUCAUCGCGCCGAAUGUGACGUCACAGCCAUACGUCCAACCAAAUGUCCGCACGGCGCGGCCACUCACCUACUUAGAAACCGCCACGUCACAGCCUUCUAGUCAAUCAAGACGCGAGAAUUUCGAAUGGAACACGAGGAGGGUUGGGAACAAAAAGGUCGCAACUAUAUCAAUACGGAAGGACGAGGAGCGCGACCGCCGCAGCGUGCCCCUGGGCGACGUCCGCGUCCCCUUCCACAAGCCGCCCACCGCGAGCGGGGCCGAGGGCGUGGCCAAGCCCUCGCACGCCCACCGACACCAUCAUGGGGAUGACCAAUGGGGGCCUGAGGGUGGGCGAGGAGGAGAAGGAGGGGGAAGAAGAAGAGUAGAGGAGGAAGAGGAAGAGGACUAUGUCGACGACGAGAGAAUAGGGGGAGGAUGGGCGGCCAGGGGCGGCGUGGACGCACCUCCGCGGCAUCUGGUGGCGAGGACGGGGGCCUUACAGCAGCUGCAGGAGGAUGCCACGGAGGAAGAGGACGAAGAGGAAGACGAGGACGACGAGGAGGAAGAGGGCGACGACGAGGUCCGGACGACGUCACUGGAGGCGUCGUCGCGGUUCCACGAGCUGCUGUACGCCACGGGCAUGCGCGCCGACUCGCUCGUGUUCAGCAACGCGUCGGAGGCGCAGGAGCAGGACGACGGGACGGCCAGGAAGAGGAGGAAGAGGGGCAAGAGGGGCAAGAAAGUCAAGAGGGAUAGGAAGAGGAGGGGCAAGGACGGCCUUCAUCACGAGGAGCAUCACAAUGAGUGGCAGUGAAGCGUGCCAGUAUCACAACCUCGAGGAAUGUUACAAGAAGGUCGGUCUGGUAGCUGACAACAGAUCUGUGGUGAAGUGUCGCUAUAGAGAGGAGUUCCUUGAGUGCAUGGAGGAGCAGCGCGAGGGGGUGUGCGACCCCAACUUCCAGACGGAGGGCGACAUGGUGGCGCUCAGGAACAGAAUUCGGGAUGAGAUCUGGACCACCAACAGCUGCCUCAUUUCCGAAGUCGUCGAGGGAUGAAAAGUUGUCGUCGUCCUUGGGAAGUGGUCGUUUGUCGGUGCCUGUUGUUGCGGCUGCCUCGGCCUCGUUUUCGAAGUCGUCGAAGAAUGAACGAUGGAGAGAGAGCAGGGGCAGAGCAAGA